AUGACAACAGAAAUUUUGAAGAUUAUGUCAGAUAAUUAUUUGAAGUCAUUCCUUCAAGGAUUUCAUCACAUCACUAAUAAUCUUCAAAAGAUUCAAAACACCCACUCGAAUCCUAAAGGUCUUUGGUUAGAUAUCACAAAGGAACAAAAGAAAUCUUUUAAAGGAAAAAAGGAAACUUUUGAAUUAGUAAACCCAAGAAAUUGA